UGUGUUAAAGGGGUGUGUAGGGAUUUAUUUAUAAGGAAGGUUUGUUUACUGUUUUAAAAUCGUGUAAUUGACUAAUUUUUUACGAAAAUGAUUUUUUAAUGGAAUGCAUAAUAAAAAGAAAACAUGAAGCCACAAGUAUAUACUGUUCCUCUUAUUCCACCUGAUUUGAGAAGAGAAGAAACAAUUCUUCAUAUUGCAGACUCUCUAAAUUAUUUGCAAAAAGUGACAAAUGAUGUUUUUUCACGUAUAGGGAAUAAAGUAGAAGAGUUUAGAAAAAGACUAAAUACAUUAAAUGAUAGAACUUCUGUUGCUCAAGCAAAAAUAAAUAAAAUAAGGGGUAGCAGCAAAGCUAUAAAAGUAUUUUCCAAUUAUAAAUAUCCAGCACCAGAUGAAUUAGAAGAAUAUAAAACAUUUUUUUCUAAUAUCGAUGAAUCAUGCAGACAUAUUUCAUGGUCAAACAUUGAUGUGAGAUCAAAACAUGAAACUCCUGAUGAGAAAACAACAAGAGAAAAAUCUCAAUUUUAUAAUGUUCGUAUGGAAGAACAAAAAGAGAAAGAAAGAUUUGAAGAAGGUCUUGGUCGAUUACCACGUCACCUUGAAUCUAUUUCGACUCUUCUGCUUUUUAAUAUGCCAGAAAAUCCAUAUAAGAAAUAUGUUAUGUUAGAUCCAUUGGGGGUGGUUACAAAAGUGAGAAAAAGUGUAGAAGAACAAGAAGAAAAAAUUGGAUUAGCACCAAUUACAAUCACUCAAAGGGAUCAACUUGAAAAAUCUGAAAAAGAAAGUUAUAAUUAUAAUCCUGGAAUGGGUGUGGUUCCUGAAAUGGAUGUUCCUCUUGCUUUACCAGAUUUACCAGGUGUAGCAGAUGAUGUACAUUAUAGUGCUGAUUUAGGACCAUCAAUUGCACCUUCUUUACCUCUUCCUGAUUUACCAACUAUUGUGCCAGAAAGUCCCUUGGAAUCGCAUCAUCCACCUCCACCUCUACCACUUGGUUCUUUUGAAACAUCAUCAGUAACCAAACAGUUGGCACCCCCACCCCCACCACCACCACCUCCGCCAGCUCCUCCGGAUGCAUCAGUCCCAGUGGGGCCACCUUCUGCAGGACUGCCGCCGCCACCACCACCUCCUCCUCCACCUCCACCUCCACCUGCUCCAACAGAAGCUACAGAAAAUGAUAAUUUAUCACAAGGCCCUCAAGAAUCGAAACAACUUGUCAAUGGGGUUCCAGAGGCAGUGAAGAAUCCUGGAGAUGCAAGAGCAAAUCUCUUGGAAUCCAUACGUCAAGCAGGUGGAAAAACAAAGUUAAAAAGUGUCAAAGAAAGAAAAAUCGAAGUAAAGAAAAAGAAACAGGAAGAAAAAGCUGGUGCAAGUUCAGGUGAUUUAAUGGUUGAUUUAUUCAAUAAAUUACAAAUGAGAAGAAAAGGAAUAUCUGGCCGUACAAACAGUGUGAAUGAAGGUGGCCAAGAUCAGGCAGCACCUCCAGCUACCAGUCCCAUGGAGAGAGUACUAAAUAUGAUACCACCUCCAUCUAAUACGGCAGAAUCUACGUACACAGAUGACGAUGAAUGGGAUUAACAAAUGUACACAACUUCAGAGUUUGUAUUAUAUAUAUAUAUAAUUUGAAUGAUAAGCACAUCUAGAGUUUUUGAUAAUAUUAAAAGAAAUGUUGAUGUAAA